UGUCAGGAUGUCCAAGGCAAGUGGACAAGCUGUUGAAAGAUGUUUUGAAAGACAAGAUUUGAACAGCCCAGCAAAAAACUUCAGCAUUGAAAGAGCUGAGAUUUAUGAAACGGGUGACCAAGAGAAUGAUGAAAUUGCUGUAAAUUUACCUGAGCCGCUAGAGAGUGGGAAUGAAAGGGCAAGCCAAGGACGAAGACCCACUGGCUCACACGAUAAGGCCAGGCGCAUGAUGAGAGAGGAUACUGUUCUUGACGAUGAUGAUGGUGAUACCACUCAGAUUAAACCACGGCGUCAUUCCAGGAAGAAACUCAGUGUAGUGCAUGAGGAAAUUGAAGAGCACUCUGGUUUCAAUUCUAAUGCAACUGCUAAUGAUGGUGUUGUUGAUUAUGCCGAUGAUGAUGCUGUCAGUGAUGCUGAUGAUGACCGUGAUGCUGAUGAUGACCAUGAUGCUGAUGAUGGAGACGUCGAUGCUGGUGCUGAUGAAGAUGGUGAUGAUGAUGAGAAUGUUGAUAACGGUAGUGCCAAUGAUGAUGAUAUCGAUGACGAUGGUAGAGAGGAUGUUGAUGGUGAUGUUGGGGAUGACCAGCAAAACCUUGAGGAACAAGCUGCAAAAUUUUCUGCACCUUUGAUUGAUGAAGGUAAUGAACAGUCUGAUUCUGAUAAGUCUAGUAGUAUCAGUCAGGGACUAAGGAGAGGUGAUGGGGUCGGGUUGCAAAACGUAGGAUUGGAGAAUGUUAGGGAAGAUUCUGGUCAACAUACAGUCUCGCAAGGUGUUGCAGAAGAAGAAGAUGAUGAUCAUGAUGAACAAGUUUUCGUAAAUGAUGAUAAUGAGAGUGUUAAUGAUGCUGUUAAUCAAGUGGUGGAGAAGAAGGAAAAUAGAUUUGAGGAAGGCAGUAGGGUCUUCAUUGAAAAAAGACUUGGUGCUGGUACUCUAGAGAAGGGAAGAAAAGGGAGACUAGAUUCAUUCGAAAUUUCUGGGAUAGAACCAGUUGCUAGAGAUGAGGACGAGCCUAAGGCCAUGGAUAAGUCUUCAGGUGGCGAUAAGAACAAUAAGGAGGAUGGCAAUGCAAGUCGUGCGAAUACCACAAAAGGUGGAAAGGCCAAGAGGAAGAGGAGAAAUGUACCAGCGACUACUGUUCAUGUUGAUGUCAGGCAACAUAUGAAGGACCGGGACUUCAUCCACCAGCAGUUGGACAUUCUUGCUAUGCCAAUCAACCCUACUGAUCCUCUAGUGAUGAACGUCUACAACAAGUUGACUGCUCAGAAUGUUAUCGAUGAACAUCCCAUACCUAAGGACAUCGUGCAAAAGGUGUUUGACAAAGUGAAUAAGAAAGUCUAUGAGGAAGUUCAUGGUGCCUUCAAUCCACGGGAAAUUCAAGCGAUGUUGAGUGCAUUGGAUGAAGUGCGUUGUUCUACUAGCGGAGCUGGGAUAGAUGUGGACCGGUCAGAGAAACAACUUGUUGCUUUGAAUGUGGAGAGAGUUCUGGAGACGUUGCCAAUGACUUGGCCAAGUACGAAUAGAGGCAAUGCUGCUGUAGAGAGAUACAACAAGCUCAGGAGACAUGUUUCCAAGUUAUUGGCAUCUAUUGAAGACGAGAAAAAAGAUCAUGUCCAAUAUAAGGUUUCAGUGGAUAUGGUGCGAGAGAUCAGGUCGUUGCAGGCCAGCCUUGACAUGAAUGCACUGGUUGAGGAGGUCAAACGAUCACAGCAUUUGGCAUCUCAAUUCACCAAAUUAAAGAAGUUCGAGAAAAGAGCAAAAAAACAAGAAUCUUUUGCGGAUUAAUCGAAGGAUGGAUAUCAUACCAUGGACUGUUGUGUGAAAACUGAAUAAUUCACAAGGGAUAUGAAGGAUAAAGGACUCGAAAGUUAAUUGUGUGGAGCUAGGAGAGAAAGCUUUAUCAUGUGGAAAAUCUGACGACAGACAAUUGAUGGUGUGGUGUUGACAGUAUGCCAUUUUUUAAGGACUGAUUGGUCAGAAUGCUAUCGAUAGUUACAAAAUGAUGAUGCUUUCUACAUGUAUUUGAUUAUUUCGAGUAGUGCAAUACAUUAUCAUGCAGGUGAUAACUAGUAUUA